CUAGUCCCCAGCAGAUUCCCCCACCUGACCCGCCAAAGUGUUUGGAAAAAAACCACCUGCCUUUUGUCCUCGAUAUCUCUCAGGGUCAGACUAGGCGAGCCAGUGGUGCAAAGUGGAAAAGUGACAGAGAGAAACCAUUCACGUGACCAAGGGGCUCAACGACUCGACUGAUGGAGGCGCUGGACGUGGUUGUAGUGGGGGCUGGGCUUAGCGGUCUGUCUGCAGCGCGCGUGCUGGCGGAGCAAGGCCAGAGCGUCCUGGUGCUGGAGGCACGCGACAGGGUCGGAGGUCGGACUUACACGUUACGUAACGACAAGGUAGGAUACCUGGAUUUGGGAGCUGCUUACGUCGGGCCUACCCAGAAUCGCCUGCUGCGCCUGGCGCGCGAGUUCGGCGUGAAGACGUACCGCACGUACGACGAGCAGGAUCUGAUUGUGUAUCGCCAGCAUGGGAUCAAGAAACGCUACCAAGAUGGACUUUUCCCACCCACCGGGGGCUUCCUGUCCUGGCUGGACCUCAACAAUGUCGUCCGGCUGUUGGACAGCAUGUGUAGAGAGGUCCCAGUGCAGGCUCCAUGGACCGCACGGCGUGCCAAAGAAUGGGACACCAUGACAGUACAGCAGUUUCUUGAUCAACACGUGUGGACUAAAGGCGCCAUGGAAGCCAUGCGAGAGUUUGUCAACGUCAACGUCACCUCAGAGGCGUACGAAGUGUCGUUGCUGUGGUUGCUGUGGUAUCUGGCGUCUGCUGGAGGGCCGCUGAUGAUGAACGGCACAGCACACGGGGCUCAGGAGAGGAAAUUGAUCGGCGGGACGCAACAAAUAAGCGAGGGGCUGAUGAAAAAGAUUGGAUUAGACAAAGUUCUUCUCAACCGACCGGUGUGCAAAAUCGAGCAGACGUCUGGUGGUGUGAGUGUGUACGACACCUGUGGAAAUGUGUAUCAGGCCUCUCACUGUAUCGUGGCGCUAGCGCCGCCCCUGCAGACUCGGAUCACGUGGUCACCGCCACUUCCGGCUCGGAGAAAUCAGAUGCUGCAGCGACUUCCUAUGGGCUCCGUCAUCAAAACCUUUCACUACUACAAAACACCAUUCUGGAGACACAAGGGCAUGUCCGGGGCUGCGGCCAUUGAUGACGACGAAGGCCUGGUAGCCAGCACGUAUGACCACGUGUUGCAUGACGGCUCGCACCCGGCCCUCGUGGGCUUUGUUCUUUCGGACCGAGCCCGAACCUUCUGCGAACUGAGUGUGGAAGAAAGAAAGAGACGGAUAUGUAAACUAUAUGCAAAGGUCUUCCAGACAGACGAUGCUCUGCAUCCGGUCCACUAUGAAGAGAAGAACUGGGCUGCGGAUGAGUGGUCAGGGGGCUGCUACACUGUCAUGAUGCCACCAGGGCUUCUAACUACUUUUGGCGAGGAGAUACGGGCACCUGUAGGGCGCGUGCACUGGGCAGGGACAGAGACGGCCAGCCAAUGGACGGGCUACAUGGAGGGCGCCAUUCAGGCCGGAGAGCGCGCAGCAAGGGAGAUCCUGCACGAGAAGGGGCUGGUGGAUGCCAGCGACAUCUGGCAAGACGAGCCAGAGGAUGAGGAGGUCAAGGGAAACCUCUGGAGCUGAGCCUGCUCGAAAAACAAGCGCCGUCUCUUCCUUCCUUUCUGCGCAUGUCUCUGCUGAGUGGCGCCGCUGCCGCUGGUCUCAUGUGGAGGGCGUUCAAACCUCGCCUUUAGCCGGCGGACACCACAUUAGCACAAACAGUGGAGGAACGGGGCGUCAAAGAACCAAGAAGACCUCAUCUACUACUUUACAAAGCGGUUGCGAAAGCUUGUUGUCAUAAAGACUCCUAAUUCUGUUCGAUGGCAGUUUUUACACACACACAAACACCUGUGUGUAAAAGAAUCUGUCGUGAACACUUCUAGUUCUGCUGAAUGGCAGGUCUCGCACAUCAACAUAAAAACCUACAUCUGUAUAUACUCUGUGAGUAUAAGAGACAGCUGGCUGUGGUAAAGCUCCUGGUUCUGCUAGAUGGCAGCUUUCGCAAAGCGUCACAGACUUGGUGCUUAUCCCUAACCCCUAGUAAGUUCAAUAGAUUAAGGGUUGUGUAUUUCCUGACUAGGCUGCUGGUGAUCAUUUUGUGAUGUAGAAGAGAGGACUAGUGUAAACCGGUGUAAAAGUAAUGUCCUGGGGUUAUUGAGGGAUUCUUAUUGUGUAAAUACUGUAAAUAAAUGUAUUUUUUGAAUUUA